AUGGCGCCCCCACGCCGCCUCCUCGUCGCUGUCCUCGCCGUGUCGGUUCCGCUCCUCUUCGUUUGCCCGGCAGAGGCGGGGACGGUGGGCGUGAACUACGGCCGCGUGGCGAACAACCUGCCGAACCCGGCGGCGGUGGUGCAGCUGCUGAAGCAGCAGGGCGUCGCGCAGGUGAAGCUGUACGACGCCGACCCCACCGUGCUGCGCGCGCUGGGCAACUCCGGCAUCAAGGUGGUGGUGGCGCUGCCCAACGAGCAGCUCGCCGCGGCGGCGUCGCGCGCGUCCUACGCGCUUCUGUGGGUGCGGCGCAACGUGGCCGCCUACUACCCGGCGACGCAGAUCCACGGCAUCGCCGUGGGCAACGAGGUGUUCGCGUCGGCCAAGAACGUCACGGCGCAGCUCGUCCCGGCCAUGACCAACGUGCACGCCGCGCUGGCCAGGCUCAACCUCGACAACGCCGUCAAGGUGUCGUCGCCCAUCGCGCUCACCGCGCUCGCGUCGUCGUACCCGUCCUCGGCGGGCGCGUUCCGUGAGGACCUCGCGCAGGCCGUCAUGAAGCCCAUGCUCGACUUCCUGGCGCAGACCGGGUCGUACCUCAUGGUGAACGCGUACCCGUUCUUCGCCUACUCCGGCAAUGCCGGCGACAUCUCCCUCGACUACGCGCUGUUCCGCCCCAACGCCGGCGUGCUCGACCCCGGUAACGGCCUCAAGUACUACAGCCUCCUCGACGCGCAGCUCGACGCCGUGUUCGCCGCGGUCAGCAAGCUGGGGAACUACAAUGGCGUGCGCGUGGUGGUCUCCGAGACCGGGUGGCCGUCCAAGGGCGACGCCAACGAGGCAGGCGCUUCGGCGGCCAACGCCGCGGCGUACAACGGCAACCUGGCGCGCCGCGUGCUCUCUGGCAACGCCGGCACCCCUCGCCGCCCCGACGCCGACAUCGACGUGUACCUCUUCGCGCUCUUCAACGAAAACCAGAAGCCCGGGCCCACCUCCGAACGCAACUACGGCGUCUUCUACCCGAACCAGCAGAAGGUGUACGACGUCGACUUCGUCCUCGGUGGCGGCGGCGGCAGCCAGGGCAACGGCGCCCUCGGGUGGCAGGAGAACGGCGGGCAGAGCAGCGGCAGCACCAGCGGCAAUCCGCCGAGCGGUGUGAAGGUGACGACCGGGGAGGCGUGGUGCGUGGCGAACGCAAUGGUCGGGGAGCAGCGGCUCCAGGCGGCGCUGGACUACGCGUGCGGCCCCGGCGGCGCGGACUGCAAGGCCAUCCAGCCCGGCGCGGCGUGCUUCGAGCCCAACACCAUGGUCGCGCACGCCUCCUACGCCUUCAACUACUACUACCAGCGCAAGGGCCGGUCCAUCGGAACCUGCGACUUCGCCGGCGCCGCCUACGUCGUCAACCAGGCACCAACGGGCAGACAUGGGCACGGAUCCAAAGUUUCCCAAAGUCUGCCGUUCUCCGAACCUUUCGACACCUACGCUGCGUACCAGAGUGUGCGGCGUGCCGGUAGGCGGUCGUGGCCUAGUGCUCGCAUGCUCGGCGGCCAGACGGCCAGGCCUUGGAACCACAUGGGAAUGGGUACAUGGGCCACCCGCGCGAACCCAAAAUGGACCAAACCCCAGCAAGGGAACUUCAAGGUUAAUUCUGAUGGGGCUUUCGACCACACGAACGGUUCGGGCGGCUGGGGUUUCAUCAUUCGCGAUGACCAGGGCGCCGUGGUGACUGCAGGUGCAGGUAAAGAACAAUUUGUACAGAGUGCCUUCCAUGCAGAAUUGCUUGGCUGCUUGGCUGGCCUGAAAGCAGCGGCACAACUGGGAAUUCGCAGAGUAGUCCUUGAGACCAAUGCCUCUCUUGUGAAAGCAGCCCUGGAGGAUGAUGCUUAUCGCCUAUCGGCCAUGAGUGGGAUUACUACUGAACUCCGGCUUUUGCUGAUGACUGAAUUUGCGUAUAGCAAAGUGUGUGUAUGCCCACGUUCAUUUAAUAAAGUAGCAGAUGCCAUUGCGGCUUAUGUGUGUAAGUGUUCAAGUGAUAUGUGA